AUGGAUCCUGGAGAAGUACCAGAUGAAUUGAAAGGACUUUCUUUGGUCGAAGAACUUGUUAUCAGCCUUAUACAUCCUCAAGUCAAAGUUUAUCGGGUUAAAGGAUCAGGGCAAUUACGGACUUCUGGGAACAUCAUUUCUUUUCCUCAAGAUGUUUCCUCUUUUGCAACUACUCUGCCGCAUCAAAUACAAAACAUCCCAUUAGUUUUCGUAAGCAAAAUAACUGAGAAAGAUGGCAUCCGGCGUGUGCGGGACUUCAAAAUUAUGGUCGAUCGUGUUCGAGAUGCUCUUUUCUGGUUAAAAAACAACAAUCCCCUUUACAGAGACGUUACUUUGAGCGAGGAUAACUUCCAUGAUUUGUCCGUGGAAAAGAAUGUUCAUCAACGCAUUCAACAUUUAUCUGAAUCAGUAGAACUCAGCAGUCAAAGUAAUGAAAUCGAGACAAAUGAUCAACAAAGCGAAGAAUUUAGUUCUGAUACUUUUGUUCCUGAACCAAUUAAUUUUAGCUCUGAGGCUGAGAUUAUGGCUAACGUUCACAUUCAGUACCCUGCAAUGUCUUCGACUCCAAUCGAUGAAUUUAAUACGCCUAACUUCAUUCCUGCAGCCUUCCCAACGCUUUUUCCAGAUGAAAAGCCAUGCAUGAAAGACCCAACACGACAAAGACUAACUCCCAAAUCGUUUUUCUUAAAACUUCUACGUUACAAAGAUAAUCGAUUUGCCAAACACCCAUCAUUCAGGUUUUUUGCUUUGAAUAUAAUUCAAAGAUGGGAAUCAGUUGCUCAAGGGAAUGUUUUCAUUCAAAGCAAUGAUUUACAAUCGAUGUCUUUAGACGAAAUCAAAGAAAGAAUAAGGACGGAUCGUAACUUUCUAAAACGAGUCAUGUCAUACUCUUCGUCUAUUCCAGGGACUGAUAGUUUUUGGUUCAAAAAAGCAGCACAACUCAGGGAAAUGAUUGAACAAUUUGGAAUGCCAUUUCUUUUCUUCACGCUCAGCUUUGCUGAUUUACAGGAUCCUGAUUUAUUGGGAAUUCUACGAAAGUUCACAAAUGAUCAAACUUCUGGUCAAGCUAAACUUAUCAAAGAAAAUCCUCUACUCGUUGAUUGGUUCUUCACAGAAAAAGUGAACCUUUUUUUUAAUGAAGUGAUUUGCAAAACAUACAACAUAAACGACUCAUGGUUCAGAUAUGAAUGGCAGCACCGCGGAUCGCCACAUGUUCAUGGCCUACUCUGGUUACAGAACGCCCCAGACACUUCUUUUUUGGAUGAAAGGGAUCCGACAGAAAGCGAAGCAGAGCAAAUAGUAAACUUUUUUGACAAUAUUGUUUCUGCAAUCAAUCCAAAUGUUAAUGAAGCACCUGCUAAAAUUCAUCCUUCGUCAGUGCGAAUCACAGAAGUAACCGACUUUCAGUUGGACUUGGCUCAGCUUCUGAAUCGUGUUCAGUGUCACAAACACAAUUCAUUGAGUUGCAUGAGAAAGAGAAGAGGAACAAAUUCUGUUGUCUGCAGAUUCAAUUUUCCUUUCGAAAUUCACGAUGAAUCAAUACUAGUUAAGGAAAAUGGAAGAUACACAUUUCUCCCUGCACGGAAUGAUCCCCUUCUGAAUAAGUACGAUUCCAAUCUGAUCCGAGUUUGGAGGGCAAAUAUGGAUGUUUCGCCAGUUACCAGUAAAACAGCCCUUAUUCAGUAUGUGGCAAAAUACACUUCAAAACCUGAAAACAGUAGAUCUGAAUCGUUCAAACAGCUUAUUGAAGCACUGGUUAAUCAAACUGACUCUGGUUCUUCAGCAACUCUUAUAAGAAGAAUGAUGAUUAAAGCAAUCGGAAGGGAUUUAUCUGCUCAGGAAGCUUGUCAUCUUCUUUUAGAAUGCAGUCUUGUUGAAUCAAGCAGAACAUUCGUCAAUUUGCGAACAGAUAAUAACAUUUGGAUUAAUAUUAACGAAAUUUCAGCUGAAGAAUCAGAUGAAUUGUCAAGUUCACACAUCUGCAAAUACCGGAAUAGACCUAACAGACUCUCUCAUUUGACAUUAUUCUAA